CUUCUAUCAUGGCUACGAUUCAACAUGGCUACAGAUAUAGAUUCAGUCCCCAUGCGUGGAAAAACUGGAAUUGGUUAUAUUGGUAGAUGAGCUGCCAACCGAGUUCCUCUAAGCCCUGACAGUGUCCAUUCAAGAAACCGAAGGCCAGCGCCCAAGAUGCGUUGUUUCUCAACAUUAUGUCUAGGCCUCAGCGCCAUAACCCUGUCCCAAGCAGCCGCCUUCAACAAGCGUGCCGCCCUAGACGACUGUCUCCAAAGUUCCUCGGCACCGUCCGACGUACUCGGAUCCGACGACUGGAAACUCGACGUGGCGCCCUUCAACACACGCGUCAACUUCACGCCCGUCGCCAUCGCGGUGCCCACGAAAAUCGAGCAUGUCCAAUCGGCAAUAGCAUGCGCCGUCAAGCUCGGGAUCAAAGUCACGCCCAAGUGCGGCGGCCACAGCUAUGCAUCGCUUGGCCUGGGAGGGGAAGACGGCCAUCUGGUUCUUGAGCUGGAUCGGAUGAGCAAUGUGUCGUUGAAUACGGAGACGAAUGUUGCUACGAUUCAGGCGGGUGCGAGAUUGGGCCACGUGGCGAGUGAGUUGUUUAAUCAGGGCAAGAGGGACUUUUCGCAUGGGACUUGUCCGGGCGUCGGAGUCUCCGGUCACGCCCUCCACGGCGGCUACGGCAUGUCCUCUCACACCCACGGCCUAGCCACAGAUUGGAUCAAGAGCGCCACCAUAGUCCUUGCUAACUCUUCCAUCAUUACCGCCUCCGCAAGCUCCAACGCAGACCUCUUCUGGGCCCUAAGAGGUGCAGGUUCCAACUUCGGCGUCGUGGUCUCGUACGAAUUCAACACCUUUGCCGUUCCCGCUAAUGUGACCUGGUUCGCAGCCUCUUUACCGUGGAACAAGAGCAACGCUGUGGCCAAUCUCGAGGCGUUGGAAGAGUACGUGAAUACCACAAUGCCGGCCGAGCUCAAUAUGCGCGUCUUUGCGUCGGGGUUUUUGACUCAGCUCGAGGGGCAGUUUUUCGGGGAUGUGGCCGGGUUGAAGAGUGCGCUGGCGCCGUUGUUUAAUAAAACCGGGGGUACGAUACAGCAGGCGCAGACCGUGGGGUGGCUGGAGGCAUUGGCACAUUAUGGGAACAUGAAGUUGGAUCAGACGCAUCCUUAUUCUAUGCAAGAAACUUUCUACUCCAAAUCCCUCGAACUCCCCUCCCUCCACGGCGCCACAGCCAGCGCCUUCGUCGACUACUGGUUCACAACCGCCAAGAACAUCACCACCUCACGCAUGUGGUACUUCCAAAUAGACCUACACGGCGGCGCCCAUUCUGCCGUUACCAAUGGCGAUUUCUCCCUCUCCUCCUACGCCCACCGCGACAAGCUCUACCUGAUCGAAUUCUACGACCGCGUGUCUCGCCCGCCUUACCCGGCGGAUGGGCACACCUUCCUCGAUGGCUGGGUGAGCGCCGUUACGGAUACGUUGAAGGAGGAUGAGUGGGGUAUGUAUAUUAAUUAUGCAGAUACCAGUUUGGAUCGUGAGACGGCCCAGAGGGUAUAUUGGGGGAAGGGGCUGGAGAGGUUGCGAGGGGUUAAAGAGAGGUUUGAUCCGGAUGAGGUGUUUUAUUAUCCGCAGUCUGUUAACCCUAAGACUGGGGCGGGGACGAAGUAGGUACGGGCAAGAGGAAAGAGCUGGAGAGAAUCGACAUAAUGAGGACUUUCUUUUUUUCUUUUUUUUUUAAAAAAAAUAUUGUUUUGUUUUCUCUUAGUUUCAU